CUCUUUUCGGAGGUUGUUACAGGCCUUCCUUGCAAGUUUUUACUUUCCAGUUGCUUUGACGAUGACAACAGCAACUGGCUUGCUUCUUUUCUUUCUUCCUGAAGCAGCAACGGAAGUUCCAUCUGUGGAUGUUCCGCUGACUUCUCUGUUCUCCAAUACAGCAGUUCCCGGGGACAUGGCUGAAUUCUUGAAGGCUGAGGACAAAAAGUUCGAGUUCUCCUUUCGUAGAGCUCACCAAUCUUCAGCUUGGGCCAUAAGGGCGGCAACCUCUUCCUCCUUCUUUGCACGUUCAGCGAUCAUGUGGAUGCAGGAACUCCAGGCGCUCAUUCCGCCGGAUCAGCCUUGCAAUGUUUUUGUCUUCACUGUACAAAAGAGAACUUCACAUGUACAACAGAUGGACUCUGCAUUACUUCAGUGACACGGAAUAGAAACAAAAUUAUACGCAAUAGUAUGUGUCUUGCAGAAAUUGAUCUAUUUCCCAGAGACAGGCCAUUUGUUUGUGCUGUUUCAACAAGUAAAGGAGUAAUUACAGUGCCUCAUUGCUGUGAUAAAGACUUCUGCAAUAAAAUAGAUCUUCCAAUUCCAACACCAGGUCCUAUAACAGGGAAGUUUUCUUCUACCCUAGGACCAGUGGAAUUAGCUGCUGCCAUUGCUGGGCCAGUUUGUUUUCUUUGUAUUUCACUUAUGUUGAUUCUUUAUAUCUGCCAUAAUCGUACAUUCUUACACCAUCGAGUUCCAAGUGAAGAAGAUCCUUCAAUGGAGCGACCAUUUAUAUCUGAGGGAACCACUUUAAAAGAUUUAAUUUAUGAUAUGACCACUUCGGGAUCAGGAUCAGGUUUGCCGUUACUUGUUCAAAGAACAAUUGCAAGAACAAUUGUACUACAAGAAAGUAUUGGAAAAGGUCGCUUUGGAGAAGUCUGGAGAGGAAAAUGGAGAGGAGAAGAAGUUGCAGUAAAAAUAUUUUCUUCAAGAGAAGAACGCUCAUGGUUUCGUGAAGCUGAAAUCUAUCAAACAGUUAUGCUCCGUCAUGAGAAUAUUCUUGGAUUUAUAGCUGCAGACAACAAAGAUAAUGGUACAUGGACACAACUCUGGCUAGUGUCAGAUUAUCAUGAGCAUGGUUCUCUUUUUGAUUAUUUGAACAGGUAUACUGUUACUGUAGAGGGAAAGAUAAAGCUAGCAUUAUCAACUGCCAGUGGACUUGCACAUCUUCACAUGGAGAUUGUUGGCACACAAGGUAAACCAGCUAUAGCUCAUAGAGACUUGAAAUCAAAAAACAUAUUAGUGAAGAAAAAUGGAACAUGUUGCAUUGCAGAUUUAGGUCUGGCAGUGAGACAUGAUUCAGCUACAGAUACAAUAGAUAUUGCACCAAAUCACAGAGUGGGAACAAAGAGGUACAUGGCUCCUGAGGUACUUGAUGAUUCAAUAAACAUGAAGCAUUUUGAAUCUUUCAAAAGAGCAGAUAUUUAUGCAAUGGGACUAGUGUUUUGGGAAAUAGCUCGUCGAUGUUCAAUUGGUGGAAUCCAUGAAGAUUAUCAGUUACCAUAUUACGACCUUGUCCCUUCUGAUCCUUCAGUUGAGGAAAUGAGGAGAAUUGUUUGUGAACAGAAAUUACGACCCAAUACUCCAAAUAGAUGGCAAAGUUGUGAGGCAUUACGAGUAAUGGCCAAGAUUAUGCGAGAAUGCUGGUAUGCCAAUGGUGCAGCUAGACUAACAGCUUUACGCAUAAAGAAAACUAUGUCACAACUCAGUCAGCAAGAAGGAAUAAAAAUGUGAUUUUGGAAAUAGUGUUCAAGAAAACAUUUGAAUAUCUAUAUGUGCACCUGACUUGUACAUUAAACAUUGUUCUACCUCACUGAGGGAACAGAAGAAUAUUACUGCCUUUUAUACAAUAAGAUAAUCAACCAUUAAUCCAAGAUUUCUCUAAAUGCAGUAAACUGUUGUACAGAUUCUUAAUUCUUUUUUUUUAAAAUCACAUUAGUAUCUAUUAUACUGAAAACAAAAAAUAAGCUUGAGAGUGGAACUUGUGUAUGCCAUGUAUGGUGCUGAAGGACAGUAUGAAAGAUAUGAUCAUGAGGGUACGCUGUAUAUUGUCAAAUUGUUUUGUCUGAUUUUAAGAUGCUAUUGAAUGCCUUUCAUUGAAACUUGCAUACAUGACCUUAUUGCAUCUGGAAUACACACGUAAUUUAUGCAUUACUUUGUAUUAUAUGUCUGUCUUUUACAUCAGAUCAUAACUUGCCUUUAAAACCAUUCUACUGUAUAAAUGCCAUUUUUAACUUUUCUUAAUGCAGUCCAUUAGGAUAUACAAAAUCUUUAAUCCUUGUGAAAUGAUAGUAAAUCUACAUUCAUCAAUUUGCUGUCUUCUACAUACAUUGAUAUUAUCAAAUUCCUGGAUUUCCCAGGCAGCAUUGCCAAAUUCCUGCUAAUUGGGAAUCCUAACUUACAAGAUGGUAUCAGGUUAUAUUAAAUGAUUUGAACUGAAGUAUAUAGAUUAAUUCUGUGCUAUUCCUAUGCUUUAUAUAUCACAAUGAACAGGGAUGUCGAAUAUGGAAUUCUGAAAGAGCUUUACCUGGAAAAAAUACUUUGAUGUCAUUUUUACAUUCAUAUGAACACUAACCUCUUAAAAUAAAUCCUCUUAAAUAUUCUGUCAGAAAAAA